AUGCCAGGGACCAUCCUCCUCACCGGAGCCAACAGCUCCCUCGCCAUUCCAGCAGUCCACCACUUCCUCACCAAAUACCCAGACUACACUCUCGUCCUCACCGUUCGCAACCCCUCCACUUCCGACCCCAACACCAAGCGUCUCAACGACACCAUCACGCCCUUCUCCAGUCCAAGUACCUCAAUCCGAAAACUAGACCUCUCCAACCUCUCCGAAGUAUCGACCUUCGCGCAGACCCUAGCAACUGAAAUAUCCAAUGGCACACUUCCUCCAUUAGCAAGCAUCAUCUGCAAUGCAUACUACUGGAACCUCGCCAGCGAAGUCGAAACAACCCCCGACGAACUGGACAAGACCUUCCAGGUAAACCAUAUCGCUCACGCCUCGUUAGUGCUACGUCUGCUAGGCUCAUUUGGGCCUGAUUCUGGCCGGGUUGUUCUCUUCGGCAGUGAUGCCCAUUGGCCCGGUAAGAAUGGGUUGGAGAAGUAUCCGCCUACCAUUCCAGAGGAUCUGGAGGUGCUGGUGAAACCGACUAAGAAGGCGGGUGAGGAUGUUAGGGGGAAGGGGUUCUAUCAGUAUGCAGUGUCGAAGCUGGCGAUUAUUAUGUGGAUGUAUGCGUUGAAUGGGCAGUUGAUCAAGGACGACAGCCUAAAGCACAUCAAGGCUGUAGCUAUCAAUCCAGGCAACCUGAGUGAUUCUCGCGCUCUCCGCACCAACACGCCGCUGAUUCUUAGGAUCAUCUCCCGCCUCAUUAUCCAGCCGCUCCGGCCGCUGCUGAGACUGCUUGACCCGACUAUGCGCACGGCUACGGAGGCCGGGGAGGAUGUGGUCGAGCUGGCUGUGGGUGAGAAACAUGCGGGGGAGGCGGGGUACUUUACCCUUUUGAAGAAGGAUGAGAGUUCGCCUGAGAGUCAGGAUGGAGAGAAGCAGGGGAAGAUCUGGAAGAAGACGUUGGAGUGGGCGCAGGUUAGCCCUAAGGAUACGGUGUUGAAGCUUGAGUAG